AGAGCCUCCCCCCACCACACGCCCAAGCCCAACCCAGACGCACUUCUUCCUCCCUUCAUGGAUGCUCCAGGACUCCAGCAUCCUCUGCGGAAUUGACACGCUGCUCUGACAAGGCGGGACGCGAACACGCAACAGCUCCUCUUAACUGCUGUUGUCGCCGGGUGAAACGUCUGGGAAGCGUUGUCAUGGCAAACAGGGGCCCCAGUUACGGCCUGAGCCGAGAGGUCCAAGAAAAGAUCGAGCAGAAGUACGACCCGGAUCUGGAGCAGCGGCUUGUUGACUGGAUCGUUGCCCAAUGUGGCGGCAGCGUGGAGAAACCGCCGGCGGGCAGAGAGGACUUCCAGAAAUGGUUGAUGGAUGGGACGGUCCUGUGUCGACUCAUCAACAGCCUUUAUCCUAAAGGCAAGGAGCCGGUCAAGAAGAUCUCCGAGUCCCAAAUGGCCUUCAAGCAAAUGGAGAAAAUAUCUCAGUUCCUGCAGGCCGCUGAGGCCUACGGGGUCACCAAAACAGAUAUAUUCCAAACAGUAGACCUCUGGGAAGGGAAGGACAUGGCCGCGGUGCAAAGGACCCUGAUGGCAUUGGGCAGCGUGGCCGUAACCAAUGACGACGGCCUCUACAAAGGCGACCCAGACUGGUUCCACAGGAAAGCGCAGGGCUAUCGACGAGAGUUCACCGAGGAGCAGCUGCGCCAAGGCCGGAGUCUGAUCAGCCUCCAGAUGGGCAGCAACCGCGGAGCAUCUCAGUCAGGCAUGACGGGCUAUGGUAUGCACCGUCAAAUCAUGUAGAAGACGACGAGCUCGCCGUCGCUUCCUGUACCUCCUUCCUCGUUUCUACUAACACUCGAGUCACGUAGCCUAUUCUGCCUUUCUGCUGACCCUAACCACCCUGAAACUGCUGCUUUCAACCACGACGUCUUCCGCUCUUUGUGUUUUCCUGCUCCGAUCGCGCCGCUCGUCCCUUUCACUUGAUGAUUUUUAACGUGCCACUCCCAAGUUCUCUGUUUAGCCCCGCUGACAUCUGAUUAAAAUGUCAAGCAAGCCAUCAGUGUUCAUUGCUGCUAUGAAAAAAAAA